CUUGCGCUCAGAAGCACAGCCAGCUCUGGCCUGGGAGUUGCUGCUGGGUCGGUCGUCGCCCUGGAGUAGGACAGCAGCGGCAGAGGCAGCUGCCUUUGGCCUCCCUGCGGGAAGGUGCUGAUGGUUGUCAGAGUAGGAAGAAGAAGCAAGGACAGGCACAAACCAUGAAUUACGUAGGGCAGUUAGCAGGCCAAGUGUUUGUGACAGUGAAGGAGCUGUAUAAAGGGUUAAAUCCUGCCACACUGUCUGGAUGCAUUGAUGUCAUUGUUGUCCGUCAGCCUGAUGGGACUCUCCAGUGUUCCCCUUUCCACGUACGCUUUGGAAAGAUGGGCGUUCUGCGUUCAAAGGAAAAAGUGGUUGAUAUAGAAAUUAAUGGAGAAUCUGUGGAUUUGCACAUGAAAUUAGGAGACAAUGGAGAAGCAUUUUUUGUAGAAGAAACAGAAGGUGACCAGGAGGCAAUUCCAUACCACUUGGCUACAUCUCCCAUUAUUUCAGAGGGAUCAGCCCUCAUGGAAUUACAGCUGAAGAGAAACUCUGCAGACAGGAUAAGAAACCUGGACGGUGCUACCCCUUCACAGCUUUCAAACACUGCUCCGUCUGUUGCGGAAUCCAAUUCUGCAUCUAGCUCUGUGAAGAAAAGGCGGAAACGGAGAAGGAGAUCUACCCACAAAAUAGACACCUCAAAAAGAGAUGAAAAUGCAGAUACUACGGAAGAUGAAAACAUGUUCCCUAUAGAAAUCAGUUCCAGUGAAGAAAAUGAGUUGCUAGACAAUGCAAGAACUUCUGUUGCAGAGCUGUGCAGGGAUAGCAUGCCUGAGAUAAAUCCGACUUCAGUUGUACUCUCUCACCCCUACUCAGAUGGAGAAUGGUCGCCUCUGCAAAGUAAACCUAGAACUUGUGCAGGGAAGCCUUCUCUUCUUACUGUUCCAGCAGAUGGAGGCUUAUCUAGCUCAUGUCCUCACCAGUCCUCUCACUGUCCUGCUACAGACAGUCCUUCAGGUUCACGGCCUUCUACUCCUAAAAGUGACUCGGAACUGGUCAAUAAGUCUUUGGAAAGGGGUGUUCAGAAGAAUAAUCCACAAAUGCACUGGGACUGGGGAGAACUACCUCAAGCUACCAAGACUGCAGGUUCAGUGAAGCCAAAAGAACCUAGCACCACUGUGGUGAAUGUGAGUCCUUCUAAAAACACUCACUUUCGAGUCAUUCAGAGUCAUGAUUCUGAAGAGUUUCCGAACAUAUCUUCCUCACCUGCCCUUGGGCUAAAUGAUGUUGUGAUUUCCCUGGAAGAAACUGGGAUCCAGGAAGCAGAACCUGUGAUAAAUGAGCCGGACAUAGACACACUGGGGGCAGCUGCAGCUCCAGUUCCUGCAAACGAGGAGGCAAAACUGGCUAUGACCAGUUUGACACAGCAGGCCAACAAGACAGAUUCACCCUCCAAAAAGAAAGAUAAACGGAGCCGACAUCUUGGGGCUGAUGGUGUGUAUUUAGAUGAUCUUACAGACAUGGAGCCAGAGGUUGCUGCACUCUACUUUCCUAAAAAUGGUGAACAUGCUGCUCCCUCAAAGAAUACGAGUGAAGUCCGCACAGCCAAUCGGUCUCCUCAAUCACUCGGAAGCUCAGGCGUUGACAGUGGCAUAGAAAGCACCUCAGAUGGAAUAAGAGACCUGCCGUCCAUUGCCAUUUCACUUUGCGGGGGACUUAAUGAGAAUAAAGAAAUAUCAAAAGAGAAGUUUUUAGAACAAGAAGUUACAUAUCAGCAAUUUGUGGACAAUCCAGCUAUUAUUGAUGACCCUAAUCUUGUAGUGAAGAUUGGAAGCAAAUACUACAACUGGACAACAGCGGCUCCCCUCCUCCUGGCAAUGCAGGCGUUCCAGAAACCUUUACCAAAGUGUUCUUGUUUAAGUUACUUUAGUACAGUUCUGGAUACCAUUAGGUUUUGCUUUGACAAGAUUUGUGGUCCACAGACAGCCACUGUGGAUUCUAUAAUGAGGGAUAAGAUGCCAAAAAAAGGUGGACGAUGGUGGUUUUCAUGGCGAGGGAGGACUACCUCUAGCAAAGAGGAGACAAAGCCUGUACAAGGUCUGAAUGGAAAAGAAGAAACAGACACUGUAGACAGAAUUAAAGAUGAGUCUUCCUCAAGUGAUGAAGACCCUAGAGCUUCAAACCAAGCCUUUGGAUCAUUGCCAACAAAUACCAAUCACCUUCCUCUGUUGUCUGGAAUAGGUUACAAAAAGAGCCUUCGACUCAGUUCAGAACAGCUUAAAGGUUUAAACCUUAAGAAUGGACCCAAUGAUGUGAUUUUCAGUGUUACAACACAGUAUCAAGGAACAUGUCGUUGUGAAGGCACCAUCUAUUUAUGGAACUGGGAUGACAAGGUCAUUAUUUCUGACAUUGAUGGCACAAUCACAAGGUCUGAUACUUUAGGCCAUAUUUUACCAACUCUUGGCAAAGACUGGACCCAUCAGGGCAUUGCAAAAUUGUACCAUAAAGUGAGCCAAAAUGGGUAUAAGUUCCUGUACUGCUCAGCACGCGCGAUAGGCAUGGCCAAUAUGACCCGAGGAUAUUUGCACUGGGUCAACGAGCGGGGAACGGUGCUACCUCAAGGCCCUGUGCUGCUGAGUCCCAGCAGUUUGUUUUCAGCCUUCCACAGGGAAGUGAUAGAGAAGAAACCGGAGAAGUUUAAAGUUCAGUGUCUAACCGACAUAAAAAACUUGUUUCACCCCAACACGGAACCUUUUUAUGCUGCAUUUGGCAAUAGGCCUGCCGAUGUCUAUUCAUACAAACAGGUGGGAGUCUCCCUGAACAGAAUAUUCACUGUUAAUCCUAAAGGAGAGCUAAUUCAAGAGCACGCAAAGACCAACAUUUCAUCGUACGUGAGACUCUGUGAAGUGGUUGACCAUGUCUUUCCCUUGCUGAAAAGAAGGCAUUCUUCAGACUUCCCCUGUUCUGAUACCUACAGCCAGUUCACGUUCUGGAGGGAACCACUGCCGCCUUUUGAAAACCAGGAUAUUCAACCCGAUGUGCCAUAACUCCUUUCGAAUAAUCCAAGCAGCCGUUCAAAGGACCCGCUGGUCUGUGCUUCAGGGGGUGUAGCUGGACUUUGCUACCUCCAGUUCACCUGGAGUUUGGGGUGUCGUGAACAUUGCUUAAUUGUCAGUUCAGAAAUUUCUUUCCAUUCUUCUAAGGUAACAUUUCUGAAUGGUGCACUCCCAGCUCUUCUCUACGCUUGAGAUAUACCACAUACCAUAUAGUCUUAAAGACAUCUCCGAGUGCCAGGAGGCCAGGCUUGUCAAAAGCAAACCUGAUACGGCCUUCCGCUUUUUCAUGUCACUUCCGGUACCAGUGUAGAGUAUCAGUCCGAGGCAUCGGUGAGGCCUUCCAGCUCCUAUUUUUCUCAUAGAGAAGGGUGAAUUAAUUUAAGUCUCCCAGCCAAAAUACCUAUUUACAUUUUUAAAUCCCCAACAAAGUAGGAUCACAUCCAUUGAAUGCGACUGCAAAAUAAAUUGGUCUAUAAUCUUCAAAUAGCUUAAAUGUUUACAUCAUGACUGAUGUGCUAUGGUUGUGAUGAGUGGCAGUCCUGCAUUCUGGCUGAGGUAGCCCCCACUUCCGUGUGCCAAUGCAGAACUGCCAAAGUGCAUUUUAAACUGGAGGUAAACAUUGCAAUGUUUUGUUUUUUUUAAUAGUGUUGAGUUCACUUAUGCUAAUACUUGUGUAUAGGCUGUUGGCUCCUCUGGAUCAUGGCUAUAAUAUGCAAUGAGAGAAAAAAGGACUGGGUCUGUCUGUUACCAUUGUUGUACAAGAAGGAAUCUUGCUGAAAUAAUUGGAUCCAUACUGAUAAAUGACGAUAUUUGGAGGCAAGGAUGCACACUGUUCCUGGUCAUUGGUACUCCUGAGCAGAAUUAUGCCAUUUAAAUGUACAUGUGAUAUACUCCAUCAUAUGUACAUGACAAGUACAAUAUAUGUGGGUAUCUGUUCCAAAUUGCAAAGUAAAUUCCUGCCUCUAUUUGCUUGACAAACGAGGAAACUGAAAUGCAGAAUCAAUGAAUUUUAUUUGCACUAUCUGUAGCUACCUUACAAACUUUUUUUUUUUUUUUUUGCUUGUUGUGGAUCCUCUUAGGAUUUUUCUUCUUAUGGGUUGUUCCAAUGCUAAUGUCACUUAAAGUAGACCCAUUUUAAUGAACGGGGCUUAAGAUUAAUCUUGGACACAAUGCCUUGUCCUCUGCCUCCAAAUGUAAUACGUUUCUGGUAUCAUACCGUAUAGUCAGACAGCACUGGGAAUUUUCCUAUUAUGUUUUAAUUCUAUAUUUCUCUUCUUUGCACAACUCUGUUAGGUUAUGGUCCUCUUUUGUUGCUUUAUAACAUUUUACUGCCUUGAGAGUUAACUAUGUGCAUUACAAAUGAAUGUUCUAGAUAUUUUUUUCAGAGAAGCUGCUUUUACAAGUUGCUGGUGGUGCUCUUUGAAACACAGACUUCUUUUGACCUUAUACCAAACAAUCCUAAAAGAUAAUUUGGUGUUUUAAAUUAUGUCUUUUUAAUCAUAUUUAUUGGAGGGUUAAGUUUAGAAUAGAGCUAUAAAACUAAGGGCCAGUCUAGAUGGGAUGGUGACAGACCUGUGGCUUGCUGAAAAUCCCUUUAAAGUGGCAGGAGGAGGGUUGGAUGAGACUUAAAGCAUAAAAUGUGGGCAUGGUGCUGUUGGUGAGACCUUCCUCUUGAGUGUGUUUCCUCUGAAAUGUGUCCUGUGUCAUGUCAUGACUGAGUCCUUUUGAAAUGAAUGGAACUUAAAGGAGUUCAGUUAAAGCUACAAAUCUAUGCAUAACUCACUUGGGAUAAUAACACAGAGUGGGGCAUAAACUGAAUAAGCAUGCAUAGGAAUGGCUUACAAGUCCCAUUUCGUUGCCUUUAAUAGAACGGGAUGUGAUGAGAUUUUGCUAGAUGGUGUAUGCUCAUUCCCCUUUAAAGAGUGUGGUAGGGACCUCAUCAGUUGCUGGAUCUGGUGAAGGUGGUUUUCCAGUCAUUUACUUCAAUUCCCACUGAAUCAAAUGUUGGGAAUAAUUCAGGUGCAUAAAGAAAUAAAAUCACUGAUCUAAUAAAUCAUGCAUUUUUAGGAUGGUGCAUAUUACCCGAAUCACCAUAAGGUUAAAAUUUUGCUUUUUCUGGAUUUUAUUUGCUGCUUUGAACACAGUUUUUGAAACAUAGGCCGUGGUAAAAUUGUAUAAACAAGCAAACAAACAAAAAGCUUGGGAAUGACAAAGCCAUGGAAAAACCAGCUGCAGGGUUAACAUACCCGUUUUAAAGAGGAUUUCAUUUAUCAUAAAUUGCCACAACUUGGUCUAUACAUUCUUCAGUGGUGUUACUGCCUCACCAUUACAUGUUCAACUGUGAAAAUAUAUUUGCCACUUUAUUUCAGUGUUUGUUUUCCCAAUCACAGAAUGUAUUGGGUAUAAUUUAGAUGAAGUUAAGCAAUUCUGAAUUCCAUUUACUUUAAUGGAAGUGUUUCUUAAUUCUGUACCAAGUCAGUGAGAUUCAAUGGUACUUAACUGGGGCUGGCUUGUAGCCAAGAGAAAUUCCUUUAAAAAUUCCUUAGGAAUCCACAGUCUUUUGGACAGUUACACAUGUCCUAAUGUUUAGGACUUUUGCCACCAGUGAAGAUGUUCAGGACUGGCAGUACCAUCUAGCUGAUCUGGAAAAUACUUGGGGGUGCCUUGGUUGUAGGAGAGAAUACUAGCAUUGGAAUGCUAAAUGAGUGAAGCUGUGUGGAUGUGAAACAACUAGUAGAAGCCUUAGCAAAUACAGCCGUUGUUAUUAAUGUCAGAUACUGUGAAUACAUCUGGCUUCAAGUUACUCUUUUAAGUAAAUUUGAAUACCCCGCUGCCAGUGCUUUUUCAGAGAUGCUGUUGCUGUCUGAAUGUAGUUACAUAGAUGACCUGCAAAUAUACGUUACUCAAUGACUAUUUCUGACAUUGGUUGAUGGUUGUUCAGAAGACUAGUUUAAGCCAUUUUAAAGCUUUGCUCUUACUAAAGGCUUAAAAAUGAUGUUCAGGUGCACAAUUUCAUUUCACUUCGGCUGCGCAGUCUUUAUGCACACAUUUUAAGCUGCAUUGUUGAAUUCCCAAAGAACUGGAUAAAUAUGGAAUUGCUGAAGGAAUUAUUACUCUUUCUGUGAAAGAAAAAACUAAAUCUCUUGACUUUGCUUUCAGUGUACUGGUGGUUUUCUGUUACAGAAAAAGGUACCUUUUCUAAUGCACUCUAAAUGCAAAAAUGUAAAGCCAAAAUAUGCUGUGUUUAUACGUACUCCCAUCUUCUAAACUAGAAUAUGCAAGAAGUAAAUCCCUGCUAUUUUCAUACAUUUGAUGGCCAUUUACCUCCACAAGUGCUAAAUGGAGAAAAGUAUCAAUAUGUUGAAAAUCAAGUCAUGUUGAUGUAAUUUUGAGGGCUGGGGUGGAAGAUGAGUUUAUUUUAAGACUGUUAAUGAGUAUGUUUCUGGAAACUACUUCCUCUGUAUAUGAUGCACUAGUGCAAUGAAUUACGGAAAACAGGAUAACAUCGCAUUUUGAUGAGCCGAAUGCAAAGACUAUAUAUUGUAAUAAAUGCAGUCCAAUAAAAGAAUGUUCCAAAAA